AUGUCAUCGGAGGAGCUAUUAUCCAACCUCAACUGCUCACCAACGUCAUCAUCGGUGGAGCCCUCCAAGGUAGACCAGGAAAUGAGUUCCAGUCCAAUGGAGCCCAGCCAAAGUCCACCUGGAACAGGCUCAAGUUCAUUGGAUGAGUUUCUCUCGGCACGAUUGGCCACUCUGCCCGAUGAGAAAGAAGAGCGACCAUCGCUUUCGUACAAGGAUCUCAUCAUUGAGGCGAUCGAGAGCAGUCCAGAGAAAAGACUCAAACUCAGUGAGAUUUACCAGGUAAAUUCCUUUGUCAUCACAACGUGACAAUUCUAAUUCAUUCCCCCUAGUGUCGGAACGAGGGAACGUGUGGAUCUUUUGGAGAAAUAUUCCAAUAGAAUCCGUAUUAUUUUAUGCAAAUUAAUACUUCUUCCGGAUAAGAAGGAUCCAAUAAUCAAUGACCAGGAUUUUAGUAUGGGUCACGAAAGUCUAAAUUUGACGUACUUAUAUUAGUUCCAAGAAACCGUGGAUUAUCAAAUUUUCCCGUGUUUCUCGACUUUUAUCUUUUUAUAUUCGUUUGCGACUUAUCAUUAGCAAUUACCGUCAGACAGAUACUAACGAUGCCCCCCCCCCCAUCUCCUAAUCUUCUUUGUUCGAUUUUCUACCCUCAUUUAAAGCUAACAUUUGCGAUCUUUAAGGUAAUUCGUUAUCUGCAUCCGUAUUACCGUAAACGAGCCGACCAAUGGGGCUGGCAGAAUUCGAUACGUCACAACCUCAGUUUGCACGAUUGCUUUGUGAAACUGCCGUUGAAACAAACAUCUGCAAGUGGAGUAGUGGGUAAGGAAAACGAAUAAUCUCUGACGAUUAUCCUUUUAAGGUCAUUUUUGGACCGUAGUCAGAGACAAUGAAGACAAGCAGGGAUCAUCCAGAAGGAGAAAUCGCAACGGAACUAAGCUCACACGAUGUUCAAGCGGGAAAUUGGGAGGGAUCAACAAUAACAAGAAAGGAAGAUUAAGUGUGAACAUCGAAAAUGGAGUCAUGAGUGAUGAAAGUCAGUCAAAUUCGCCGACAGUCAUGCUUCUGGAUGUUGCACGGAAAGAAAGCGGUCUGCUGAACAGUGUGUCGUCAGCUCCUCAACUCCACAGACCAAUCCCGUCUUAUCUACCCGAGGUCAACGAGGGUCAAGUCAAUCAGCCCAAUCUUCUUGCCGCAGUUGCACUCAGUCAAUUAGCCAAUCCAUCCCCAUCUACACCCACUACUAACAAUGUGGAAACAUCGCCGGAUCCACGGAUUCCCACACCCAAUCAAUCACAGUCGCUGCUCUCACGACUUGCAUUAUCUGCCCUUCUAGAAGAACAGAACGCCGUCACAUCGACCGCUUCCUCUUCCACUUCAACCAACCCUUUACUUAACCAACUUGUGCCUAAUGUCAGCGACCAAUUACAGCGACUUCAACUUCUUAACUUAUACUUGUACCAGCAAGGGCUAAUACAGCAAUUGGUGGAUAACAUCGCCCUAAAUCAGCAACCUCAAACACCGUCCAUUGCCACCAAUGUCUUGACUCAGCUUCUUCUAAACAGAGUUCAGCAAAAUAAGUCUCCAAUUACCCCAAUGUCACUGGCAUCCACAACCGUUCCGACCACCCCAGAAGUUGCCAUAUCUCAACCAACAACCAUGAUGACAAGUCAUCAACCGGAAGAAUUGAACCAAUUGCAACAACAACUACUCAACUUGGUUGGGCAACUUCAGAAUGGUCAGUUAAAUGGAGUUCCGGUUACUCCUCCCAUCAAUGGCUCCAUCUCAGCGUCGGUAUCCGACAGUCCGAACAAGGACAAUUUGGUCGCCAUCUGA